AUGCAAAUGGAAGGUCCCAGCCUGCAGGCGCCAGCUCAGUCUCAGGUCUUUCACAGAAAGCAGUCCUCCUUCUUCACUGCAGGCUGCCACCGGCUGCUGCUGCUGCUGCUGCUGUAUCGUUUUCAAGGUGACCCUGCUGCAGGAUGUCUUCCGCCCCCAGAGCUGCCCACUGCCCUCUUCACCACGCUGCCCACCUUCCCCUCGGCCACUCCAGGCAUCCCGGCCAUGGAGCUCAAUGCCACCUCCUGCCAGGAGUGGGAGCAGGCCCACCACCUCCUCUUCCACCUGGGCAGCCUGUCCCUGCUGUUGGGGCUGGUCAUCCCCACCACCCUGAGCCUGCACAUGAUCCUGCUGCGCCUCCUCCUGAUGACAGGGUGUGGUCUCUUCAUCAUAUGGGCGACUCUGUACAGGUGCAACCUUGAUGUGAUGGUUUGGAACGUGGUGUUUCUGGUGGUCAACUUCAUGCACUUAUCCUUCCUGCUGUACAAGCGCAGGCCGAUUAAGAUCGACAGGGAGCUGCGCUCGGUCUACAAGCGGAUGUUUGAGCCCCUCCAUGUGCAGGAGGCUCUGUUCCAAAGGCUCACUGGACAGUUCUGCACCAUCCAGACACUGAAGAAAGGCCAGGCCUACGCUGCUGAGGACAAGACGUCUGUGGAUGAACGUCUCAGCAUUCUGCUCAAAGGAAAGAUGAAGGUGUCAUACCGAGGCCAUUUCCUCCACAACAUCUAUACCAACUCAUUCAUUGACUCUCCAGAGUUCAGGUCCACUGAGAUGCACCGAGGAGAGAAGUUCCAGGUUACCAUCAUGGCAGAGGAAAACUGCAAGUUCCUGUGCUGGUCUCGAGAGAGGCUCACCUACUUCCUGGAGUCAGAUGCUUUCCUCAACGAGGUGUUCAGGUACCUCAUCGGCAAAGACAUCACCAACAAACUGUACUCUCUGAAUGACCCCACACUCAGUGACAAGGCGGUGAAGAAGAUGGACCGUCAGCCCAGCCUGUGCUCUCAACUGUCCAUGAUGCAGAUGAGGAACAGCAUGGCAAGCACCAGCGACACUGAUGAUGUUCUUAACCAGAUCCUACGAGGAGGAUCAACUGGCUCAUCGCUCCAAAAAUCGCCUGGCACAAAGACUUCCACCAAGAUGAAGCCCAUAGCAGAAGGAAUGGAGGAUGAUGUUUUUGAAGAGUCUUGCCGUAUGCCCAGCACUUCCACUAAUGAAGUGUAGGCAGCAUGGUAGAGAAUGCACAAGAUCAAAUGUACAUAAUGUAGGUCUGUUAGGUCUGAAAGCUAACCAGCAGAGCCACAGAUAUGGUGGUGCCGUUAUCCUUCAGAUAUGGAUAUCUGCCCACAUGUUGGCAACAAAUGUGUAGCAGGAGAAAUAGGUCCCCCCAGGUCCCCAUCUUUUUGCAGCCUGUUUCUUUUUUAGGAGUCUAGUGGUGUCAAGUGAAGAAUUUUCCUUGUUCCUAAAGUCAACUCAUGGCCAGUGAGGUUCAUUUGGCUGCCAUCUUGAAUUGAUGUCCGCACAAAUGGCAAAAGCCGUCAGUUUUCAUAACUUCUGAACCAGACAACAAACAAAUACAAAUGAAAGCACUUAAUCGCAGUUUUUUGACACUAGUGAUCAAAUGGGAGGGUCAUUGACAUUGUACAACCACUCUUUACUGGUCAAAAGCAGAGCAAAUUACACAUUUUAGACCUUUAACUUCUGUUACUUUGUUUCCUGAAAUAGCCAGAUGAAACUAGUUAAUUCUCCUAUAUCAAUUGCAGCAGCAUCAUUCCCACUUCAUCAGGCACCUGGUCUGGUUUUAGGUCUUCCUCACCAACAUGGAACUGACUCAUCCUGGUGCCAUAGACCUCAUCCAUAAUAAUCUUUAAUAACCCUGCAAUUGUUAUUAGAGAAUAGAGUAGUUUCAUUUGGCAAAAGAGAGAGAUGACUGGUUCCUCUGAAGGCCACAAUCAAACGUAGGUCAAAAUCUUGUGUCCGAUGCUCAUGGAAAAAAGCAACUAACAGUAUAAACAGGAAUGAAAUCCAGGCAUUCAAAAAAUGAAUAUGUGAGAAAACAAGGAGGAAUUACACUAAAAAGCCUUUAGUAUAGUGGCUAGAUCGUUAGAAAAAAGUCAACAUGUUUCGACCACUAGCGGUCUUCGUCAGGGCUUUAACAACAUUAAUGUAAAUCUUCCUCCUUUUUCAUGCUUUUUGCCACAUUUUUGAAAUGCCUGGAUUUCCUUCUUGUUCGUCUAGUUUCAUUUGGCUAUUGCAGGAAACAACUGGGAAACAACAUUGUGGAAGUUGUGUUGUUAUGGGCCAAAAAUGUAACAUUUGCUUGUUUUUUAACAAAAAGAGUGGUUGUACCAAUGUGGAGAGGACAUUUCUACUUGAUUCGUGGUGUCAAAAUCAUAUGAAAAAGUGGGUUCUUCUGUCUUUAUAUGUUGUCUGCUUCACAUGUUAUGAAAACUGACAUCAGUUCAAAAUUGCCGCCAAACAAACCACAUAGGCACAUUGUGAACAACACAUCAUUAGAGUCCUAAAUAAAUGUCAAAAAGAUGCAAUGUGGGAAACCUGUGUCCCCUGCUAGACUAUAUGUUUGAGGUCAUUUAGAAACACUGUCUCCAUUAUGUAAUUUGUCCUCCACAGAGCACUGACAGGUUUAUUUUUACACUUUAAAAUGUUGCAAAAUGUGCAUAUCUGCUUUGUAUAUGUGUUUUUCAAGGCUUAUAUAUUAUCAUCAAGCUAUUUUAAAGCUGCAUUUAUUGUUUUCUUUGGUCACUUAUGAGCAGCAGAUCAUACUGAUAACUUUCACAGUUUUCUUUGUUAGUGAAGAUUUUGUUUGGAAAUAUAAUUUUAUUUAACAAUGUUUUCUUUUUAAAAUGUCUGAAACAGAGAAAAGAGCCCUUUGGGUGUUAAAUAAAGAUUCUGAGUGAAA